CCCAUUCAGCUCAUUUGGCGCGAUGCUCUGGAAGUCGUCAAACAACUUUUCAGUGACCCAGUUUUCACCAAUAAUAUUACCUUUCAGCCCCACGUAGUUCAUGUUGGGAAUCAGCGCGAGUAUGGAGAUUAUAUGAGCGCUGAUUUAGCAUGGAAAAUUCAGGACUGUCUCCCAUUAGGUGCUACACAAGUACCGAUCAUUUUAGGGUCCGACAAAACUCCCGUGACGAGGACCACUGGGGGACUCGAGAUGCACCCCAUCUUCAUCACCAUCGGUAACCUUGAUUCAGAAGUUCGCUCCAAGGCCACACUCCGAGCUUGGCGCUGUAUCGCUUACAUGCCCGUCGCUAAGUUUCGCGUGCAUCCCGAUUAUCAAACCAUUCUUCAGGCGCGGCUGUGGCAUAAGUGCGUUGACCUUGUCUGCGCCAACCUUAAACAGGCAGCCAAGACAGGCUGCUUUAUGCCUGAUCCUUCCAGAUUUAUUCGUUAUGUCUAUACGCCACUCAUCUCCCAAACAAUUGAUGUUUGGGAUCUCGACAAAUUCCAGAAGGCAGCCAAAGCUGUCCAUCUAUCUGGAGUCCACAUGCCAUAUUGGCGUGACUGGAUCUACGCAUGUCCGUCUGUCUUUCUCGCUGGCGAGAUCUUGCACACCUGCAUCAAAUUUUUUGCUGACCAUCCGCUCACCUGGAUCAAGGAGGUAGUAGGAAAAUCCGAACUCGAUGCUCGCUACAUGAAUCAGCAUAAGCGGGUGGGAACACGCCACUUCACCAAAGGUAUCACGCACGUCAACCAGAUGACAGGUCGUGAGCAUCGAGAUAUUCAACGCACCAUUGUUGCUUCGAUUGCAGGUGUUGCUCCACCUAACUUCAUUCGCGCAAUCCGUGCCCUCGUUGACUUCAUUUAUCUUGCCCAAAAUCCGAUUCAUUCUGCAGAAACCUUGUCGUCAAUGAUGCAGUCCCUUUCAGACUUUCAUACAUUCAAGCACGCUGUCAUCGAGGCCCAGGCUCGGAGGGGGAAGAAAGGUGUUAAGGAAGAUUUCUUUAUUCCUAAACUCGAGUUGCUCCAAAGCUUCAGAGGCACAGUCGAGAGACUGGGCACUUUGAUGCAGUUUUCGGCGGAUAUGACGGAGCGCUUGCUCAUUACUCACUGCAAGGAUCUCUUUGUACGAACAAAUCGACGAGUCAACGACUUCGUGGAACAGUCUGUACGGAUUCUCAACCGCCAGGAGUCAAUAGAGCUGUUUAAUUUGUACGCACUGUUCCGUUCUCAUCAUGCAUCACUUGUCAAUGUGAUAUGCACUGAGGAUGAGGCGGUGACAACCGUCAAUCCAGCGCUCUCCUGGGUUUCUCGUGUUCUCCCUGAUGAAUCGCACUCUGUUCACGGACCUCGGCCAGUUCGUAACCAUUUCCUCAAGGGCAUUCUUUCCGGAGAUGCACUCACUGCCUUCCAUCUGACGUCGACACCAGAUUUCAAAUCUUUGUCGCCCACCGACAUUCAUACCAUAUAUUCGCUCAUUGAUUUUGAUCAUGCACUCUCUCAGUUCAUCAAAUGUUUUUCUCUUUCCACCAGCGAGCAUACCCGCUGGGACCACAAAUAUGGACGCUUUCAUGCAUGGAAAAAAUUUCGAUUACAGCUUCAUUCGGCCUUCCGGCCACGGCUGAUCAUGCCCAGCAGAGUGAUCCAGGCGUAUCCACCAGAUAGCGGAUUUCCCCUCGGAAACUGUGAUAAUGUCCUCGUCGACGUCACAGGCGACGAUGGCCAAACCAUAAGUCGUAUCGCACAAGUUCGACUUAUUUUUCAACCGACUCUUCCACGUGCUUCUGACCUAGUUUUGCCAUCAUAUCUAUCCCAUCCGCUGCUCUAUAUUCAGUACUACGACUUUGUCGCCAGUCCCAAUGACCGGCCUGAACUCGCGAUGUGGACAGUAGAACGCUCAUAUGUGGAAGACCAACACGGCAAACACAGAUGUGGUGGUGUGGUUCCAUUGACAAGUGUAACACACACUGUCGAGUUGAUCCCAGAAUAUGGCCAAAAGGUGGACGAAAAGAUUUCUUCAGCCAUUUGUUUGGAAAGUUAUGACCGCUUUUUUCUGAACAAUUUUGCGGAUAAGGACAGUUAUCACACAUUGAGUACGGAGUUCGCAUAG